AUGUCAGGCUGGACUUACAACGCCCCGAGCGGCUCGCCAACCGAUGGCCCUCAAAUCACGUCCAUUGCUGUUGUUUUUACAGCCGUUGCACUCCUUACGGUUCUCCUAAGAGUUUAUGUCCGAGGGGUUAUGCUCAAAUCGGUGGGAGCUGAUGACUGGAUCAUCGUUGUGACAUGGAUCGCGAGCUGUGGAUUCGCUGUUGUGACGGUGAUACAAACGAAAUGGGGGCUCGGGUUGAAGAAACUUGACGACUUGCCUCAGCAGAACUACUACAACUUCAUGCUGCUACAAUUCAUGGGCGCGCCAUUUAUUCUAGGGUUCAAGCUGAGCCUCUUGAUCUCGUACCUGAGAUUUAUGGCGUCGGGCAUAUGGUACAGAGUGACAGUCGGCGUCGCUGUUGCCUGUACACUCUUCCAUCUCUCGUUCUUGAUUGCGCAGAUCAACCUUUGUACACCUGUUCGAAAACAAUGGGAUUUGAGCGUUACGCACGGCUCGUGUCUCAAGGGCGUGCCUAUGUACACCGCCAUGGCCUCAAUCACCAUUGUAUUUGAUGUUGUCGUAAUGAUGCUCCCUUUCCCGACAUUACUCAAGCUCCAGAUGCCGAACCGCAAGAAAGUCGUCCUCCUCGGUCUCUUCGCCAUGGGAAUCUUCAUCUCCAUCAUCCAAAUCGUCCGCAUUCAGACCAUAAAAUCCCUCUCCAACCUCCUCGACUCAGCCGGUCUCAUCAAAUGGUCCAUGGUCGAGAACAAUCUCGGAAUAAUCGUCGCUUGCGUCCCGACCCUCGCCCCUCUUGUGCGUUACUUCAGCGAGCAGUCACGCGUCGGCAGUCGCAGCCGCAGCAAGUCCCAGAACAAUUCCGGUUACGCGCUGCAGUCGACCUACCGCAAGAACCUUUCCCGAAGAAGCGGACUGCAACCCUUGGGCAGUGGGGUUGAUGAGCAGAUUGGUGAUAGUGCAGAGGACAUUUUGGCCAAGGAGGAUGGAAUCAUGCGCAAGACGGAAAUUGUGAUUAGUUCAGCUCAGGGACCGGUGGAUAGGGGAGAGCUCACUCCGGGACAUUAA